AUGAAGUCUGCUCUUUCUGUCCUUGUCGCCGCUGCAGGCAUGCAGCAGGCUUCUGCUACCUUCGGCGGUCUCGGCAUUGGCGGCGGUAUUGGCAUUGGUGGCGGCGUCGAAGUCGGCGGCGGCGCUGGCGUCGGCGGGAAUGUUGGGGCCGGCGGCAGCGUUGGAGUCGGCGGCGGCGCUGCCAUCGGCGGCAACGCUGGCGUCGGCGGGAAUGUUGGCGGGAAUGUUGGAGCCGGCGGCAGCGUUGGAGUCGGCGGCGGCGCUGGCAUCGGCGGCGGCUUUGGCCUCGGCCUCGGCUUCGGCGUCGGCGUGGGCGGCGGUGUCUCUUUCAACUUUUUGGAUUGGGGUCGCGCAACGCCUUUCCCAUGCCCAAGCACCAUCAUCAACAAAUGCACCCCCGAGCAAGAGAAGCCUUGGGACUGGAGUGAUGUUCCUCUUGGCUCCCUCACUGCCCAUGCUGGCUUUGACUUCGGCGGAGGCUGGAAAUGCGAGACCAACAAGAAAAACGGCAAGCGCGGUGAUAUUCAGGGCCGCACUUUUGGUCUUGGCAAGUUCAUUUCUGGUACUUGCAAUCAGGGCGACGAGGCUGGUCUCUCUAUUGGUGUUGGUGCAAAGGCUGGUAUCGACGCCUUCUCCAUCAACAGCCUCGACUUGGCUACCGAGUUCGACGCUCGUCUUGAUCUCUUCUACGAUAUGCCCGACGGUAAGGUGUGCAGGCAGACAUCGGACUGCAAGAAGGGUGGAUCGACUGUUGUCAACACCCUGUGCGGCGGUGCUAAGAAGGUCCGCGUGAUCUACCCCAAGCAGAUCAUGCAGGGAGGCGUCAACUUCAAUAAGAAGUGCAAAGUCUCUGUGCACAAGAUCAACUGGCACUGCGGCAAACCCACUCCCCAGCCCGGCAGGCCUUCCCUCCCCUUGCCCAACACCGAUAGCCAGGUGAUCCAAAGUCCUCCUCGCACCACCCUCCAGACUUUUACUGCUCCAGCUCAGCAGACAAGUUCCGUCGACCAGACUAUCCCCGGCCAGGAGACUUCCCCCCCCGAGGAAACGGUUCCAGGCAAGGAAACCACUCCCGGACAGCAGACCGCUCCCGCCCAGGAGACCACAGCUGGCCAAGCGACUGUUCCUGCCCAGCAGACAACUUCCGCUCAGGGGACAGUCCCAGGCGAGGAGACCACUCCUGGACAGCAGACCGCUCCCGCCCAGGAGACCACAGCUGGCCAAGCGACUGUCCCUGCCCAGCAGACAACUUCCGCUCAGGGGACAAUCCCAGGCGGCCAACAGACUCAGACUGUCCCCGGCCAAACUACCACCGUGGCCAUCACGCGCGCUACGACUUUCGUUACAACCUACGACACCACCUCUACAGUCUUUACUACCUCCGUCAAGACCAUUACCAGCUGUGGACCUCAAGUCACUGAUUGCCCUGGAAAGACGGGUUCUCACGUUGUUACCGCUACUAUCCCUGUGAGCACCACCGUUUGCCCAGUUACAGAGACUCGUACACGGUCCCAAGCCCCGACCGUCGUUCAGCCUCCCAGCUCUGAGACUGGCGUCGAUAAGCAGCCCGCUGGUGAACAGCCUACUGUCCAGAAGCCUAGCCCGGUCAGCGGCCAGGCCCCUCAGUCUACAAAAUAUCUCCCUGUUCCUACCCUUGUCCCCAAAUGUCUCACGACCGUGAACGCACUCAAGGGCAAGUGCAAGAGCAACGAGGACACAAGCUGCUUCUGCCCGGAUAAAGACUUCAUCAGUGAGGUCUACAAGUGCGUUUACGCUUACGGUGACAAUGGCAACGUCGUCCACGACUCGGUCGACUUACUGCAGGGCAUUUGCAAACCUCACAUUUCCGAGAACCCUGCCAUUGCUACCGGUGCGAACACUAUUACCCAGAUUUUGCCUCCCACUGGUACUCCUCACAUCAGUCAAGUUCCUUACACGACUGUUGUUGUUGCUACCACCGUCACCGAGAGCAGCAGCACCCAGACCAUAUCAACAGAGGUCACCAUCCCCAACAUCGUUCUGCCUACUGCUACUGGUGAUGCUGGUGCUCCUAACCAAGCCCCCCCUGCUGGCGCUCCUAACCAAGCCCCCGCUACCUCCGCGGCCGCUCCAGCUGGCGGGAACCUCCCUCCCGUCACUGGCGAGAACAGCCCUUCAAUCCCUACCGGCACUGGUGGUCUAGUAUCUUCUGAGCCCACCGGCGCUGUGCCCGUCACGGCCGGUGCUGGACGUGUUGGUGCCGGCCUGGGUAUGAUGCUGGCCGUCGGUGCUUUCGCAGCUGCUCUGUAA